GCUCAGUGCCGGUGCUCCCGCCGCCCCCGGUGCUCCCGCCGCCCCCGGUGCUCCGCGCCUCGCCGCCGCUCCGCGCCCCGUCGCCCGCCCGCCGCCACCAUGGAAGCCAUCAAGAAGAAGAUGCAGAUGCUGAAACUGGACAAGGAGAACGCCAUCGACCGUGCCGAGCAGGCGGAGGCUGACAAGAAGCAAGCGGAGGACCGCUGCAAGCAGCUGGAGGAAGAGCAGCAGGGUCUGCAGAAGAAGCUGAAGGGCACGGAGGAUGAGGUGGAGAAGUACUCCGAGUCUGUCAAGGAGGCCCAGGAGAAGCUGGAGCAGGCGGAGAAGAAAGCUACAGACGCAGAGCAUUGGAUUAGGAAUAUGAAAAAGAAGUAGAAAGAUGUGGAGGAGGAGAGGGACACGGCCCAAGGAGGCGCACUGGCCACUGCCCUGCAGAAGUGUGGAAAGGAAGAUAAGGCAGCAGAUGAGAGCGAGAGAGGCAUGAAGGUCAUCGAAAACAGGGCCAUGAAAGAUGAGGAGAAAAUGGAGCUCCAGGAAAUGCAGCUGAAAGAGGCGAAGCACAUCGCAGAGGAGGCUGACCGCAAAUACGAGGAGGUCGCCCGCAAGCUGGUUGUCCUUGAGGGAGAGCUGGAACGCUCGGAGGAGAGGGCAGAGGUGGCGGAGAGCCGAGUGAGACAGUUGGAAGAAGAGCUGCGGACCAUGGACCAGAACUUGAAGUCCCUGGAGGCCCAGGCUGACAAGUAUUCCACCAAGGAGGACAAGUAUGAAGAGGAAAUCAAGCUUCUAGGGGAAAAACUGAAGGAGGCUGAGACCCGGGCGGAGUUUGCAGAGAGGUCUGUGGCAAAGCUGGAGAAAACCAUUGAUGAUCUAGAAGACGAAGUGUAUGCGCAGAAGAUGAAGUACAAAGCCAUCAGCGAGGAGCUGGACAAUGCACUUAAUGACAUCACCUCCCUCUGAGCCCCCCCGCCGGACACCAGCACUGCACCCCUCCCUGCCUGCCUCUUCCCUCCCCAGCUCUUGCUUGCCUGGCUGUCCCACUACCCUCCCUGCCCGGUCUGUCCUCCUCUGUCCUUCCUAGCCUGUGCCUGUCUGUCAGCUCCUUUGGGGCAGGUGCCGGCCCAGGGUGUUCCCGCAAUGCCCCUCUUUGUGGGGAGUCAAGGUAUAGGUGCUUGGGGGUGUUGGGCAGGGCAGGGAAACAGCCUCUGGGACCCCGACGUGCUGCACGGACAGUGCCUAAUGCAGUUGCAGGUCUGUGACACAGCAUUGCCCAGUGGGACGCAGGGCUGUGCCCAGGAGCCCUUUGCUCCAGCAGCUCCCUCCUUGGCUCCCCAGCAGCAGCAGCACAGGGAACCCUGCAGCUCCAGGGCCAGUGGGGCCACCUAACCCCCACAUCCCCCCAACAAAGUCCACCAGUGCUGCUUGCUGGGCCCAGUGUGGGAAGGACCUGCACAGAGGAAGCAGCAUCUCCGCUGCCAAAGCUCAGGCCCACGGGAUGAAGGGUUGGGUCGAGCUGCGCAGGCAGCCCUUUCCCAGGCAGGCAGGCAGGCAGGCAGUCCCAAGACCCCCAGCUCCUCCCGCAUCCCUGCCUCCCUUCUGUCCUUUGCACAUCGCUCUUCAGUUUGCAUUUCAUGACUUUUCUUUUAUGUUCUGUCCCUCUGGGUUACUGAGUUGGUCUCAAUAAAGCAUUUUUGUGUC